CGACGAAAAGCGAAACAGUCCUCACCGACGCCUAGGCCUACAGGUGGCAGCCGCCAGAACGGCCGGCGGCGCGACAGUGAAACAGCGGAUGUUUUCGGCAUCUUCCAAAUGACUGCCGAGGAACCUGCUAUCCGCGUGGUCGUAGAAGUGAACGGGAACCCUCUCGAGAUGGAAGUCGACUCAGGAGCGGUGUGCUCCGUGAUCAACGAGAGAACUAUGCGUCAGCUGCGGUUGUCCAAGCACAAGCUGCAACCGUGUGAACUACGUCUUCGCACGUACAACCAGCAGGAAUUGAAGGUGCUAGGCUCCGUGAUGGUCCAAGUCACCUAUAAAGGGCGUCAAAAACGACUGCGUCUCGUCGUGAUCAAGGGAGCAGGCGUAGGCUUGCUUGGCCGAGACUGGUUCAAGGCUCUUGGGAUUGAGCUGAGAGUCAAUCAGCUGGAAGAAGCAACGAACAAUCAGAGCCCGUCCAGCGCAGCAGUGCUGAGUCGUCACGCCGACGUUUUCCAACCAGGUCUAGGCAAGAGCAAGGGACCACCAGUUCGAGUCGAAGUGGAACCGACUGCCCAGCCCAAGUUUUUCAAACCGCGUCCAGUUCCCUUUGCCUUACUACCAAAAGUGGAUGAAGCCUUGGACAAGCUCAUCAGGCAAGGCAUUUUGGAACCGGUCCGACAUUCCAGUUGGGCGACUCCAAUAGUACCUGUGGUAAAAAAGGAUGGCACAGUGCGAAUCUGUGGCGACUACAAGAGUACGGUAAACCCUGUGGUCCGUUGGGAAAGCUACCCCCUACCCACACCUGAGGAACUUUUUGCGAAGCUGGCAGGCUGUGCAAGGUUUUCCAAGCUUGAUUUAGACCAAGCGUACCUGCAGCUGACAGUUGACAGUGAGACAGCUGACCUUCUCACCAUCACCACACACCGUGGACUUUUCCGUGUCACGCGCCUACAGUUCGGAGUAGCUGUUGCAGUCGCUAUUUUUCAGAGGUACAUGGAAGAGCUGCUGCAAGGGCUGGAAGGGGUGCAAGUUUUUCUCGAUGACAUCCUGGUAGGCGGUAAAGAUGAAGCCGAGCACAACACCCGUCUGCAAGCUGUGCUUCAAAGAAUUCAAGACGACGGUGUCCGGCUAAAAAGGGACAAGUGCGUUUUUGGAGUGGAUGAAGUUGUAUUCCUAGGAUACAAGGUCAGCAAGGCAGGAAUACAGCCGACAGACGACAAGGUCAAAGCUAUCCAUGGGGCACAAGAGCCAAAAUGCAAGAAGGAGUUGCAAGCGUUCCUAGGGGCACUCAACUUCUACAACAGGUUUCUACGGGGAGCGGCACACACUUUGGAGCCCUUGUACAGGCUGCUCGACAACGGCCAUAAGUGGAGAUGGACUACGCAGGAAGCAGAGGCUUUUCUGCGGGCCAAGCAGCUACUGCAGUCUUCGGACGUCCUUGCCCAUUACAGUGUCCACCAGCCACUAGUCAUGGCAUGUGAUGCCUCUCCGUACGGACUUGGGGUGGUACUCAGCCACGUUGAUAGCGAACGCCGGGAGGUACCGGUAGCCUAUGGCUCUCGAACUAUGACGGCUGCCGAAAGGAACUACGCACAGACAGACCGGGAAGCUCUGGCGAUAGGCUUUGGAAUACGAAAGUUCCACAAGUUCAUCUACGGUCGGCAUUUUCGGAUCGUGACCGAUCACAAACCUCUACUGGGACUCUUGCAUCACGCAAAACCGAUGCCUCAAGUGCUGUCGCCGAGGAUGUUGCGAUGGUCGUUAAUGUUGUCGGCUUACGACUACGAGCUGGAGUACAGGCCUGCUCAUCAGCUCAGGAACGCGGAUGCACUGAGUCGACUGCCUCUAACUGUGGAAGACAGCUCAACUGACGAGAAACUUUUUGAAGUCCGGAUGCUGGAGACUGCGCCGGAGAUUCCGUGGGAUGCCCAGAAGAUUGCCCGAUGCACCCGGAACGACCCAACCUUGUCCAGAGUUCGACAUUGGACGGGGGUUGGAUGGCCUCAAGGCAGGCUGCCGGACGAGUUCAAGCCAUUUGUUCGACGGCAGCACGAGUUGUUGGAGUAUCGGGGAUGCCUGCUGUGGGGAUGUAGAGUCAUCAUUCCAGAGCAAGCGAGAGACCAGGUUUUGGAGCUGCUCCAUACCACGCAUCCCGGGAUCGUCCGCAUGAAGGCGCUUGCCAGAAGCACAGUUUGGUGGCCGGGUAUCAACCAAGAUAUCGAAAGGAAGGUCCGAACCUGCCUGCCCUGCCAGGAGACAAGGCCGCAACCUGCACGUGCAAGACUGCAUCCGUGGGAAUUUGCCAGAAACCCAUGGUCCCGAAUCCACAUCGAUUUUGCAGGACCCUUCCAAGGAAAGGUUUUUCUUCUGGUGGUGGAUGCGCAUUCGAAAUGGCUGGAAGUCAUCCAGAUAGCAUCCAUGUCGUCAGCAGCAGUGUGUCAAAGGCUGCGAGUGCUGUUCGCAACACACGGUGUUCCCGACACUAUAGUCUCGGACAAUGGGACCGCGUUCGUCUCACAAGAAUUUGAAGAAUUUUUGCAGAGAAACCAGAUCCGGCACGUUAAGGUGGCGCCAUAUCAUCCAUCGUCAAAUGGCCAAGUGGAGCGCAUGGUCCAAGAAACUAAACAAGUCCUCAGGCGCAUGGAAGGAGGCGACAUGGCCACCAAGUUGGCCCGAUUUCUUUUGAGUCAGCAUAUUCUCCCGCACUCAACGACCGGAAAGAGUCCGGCAGAAUUGUUGAUGGGUCGGAGACUCCGUACUGCACUGGACCGGCUUCACCCAGACCUACAAGCAGAGAUGGUGGACAAGCAAGAGGAACAAGCGCUGCGGGGAAGACAAGGUGUACGCGAAUUCGAGCCGCGAGAACCAGUCUUCAUCCGCAAUUAUUUAGCAGGCCCCAAGUGGCUACCCGGUAUCAUCACUGAGAUCACCGGUCCGGUGUCUUACAAGGUUCGCACCAUCGACGGUCGUUUCUGGAAGCGGCACGUGGACCAAAUCCGGAGACGGGAGUGGAGCACAUACCUGGACGAGGAGGAGCCUACGACAGAGCUGUCACCUCAGCCGCUCUCCUUACCAAGCGAGCCAUCGCUUAGGAAUGAAUCGGUGGAAGAGUGCCCACCAUCUACGAGUCAAGUGGACUUCCCUGAGGAGUCAACCCCAGUGGCAACACCUCCAGCUUCCCCACAACGUUCACCUGCUUCACCCCAUGAACCGAGGCACCAAACAGUGUUGCCAACUUCAGCGCCUGCGCAAGAACAGUCAAUUCGUCCCCAGCGACAACGGCGACGUCCCGACUACCUAAAGGACUAUGUGACCUAG